AUGGGAACUGCUUUUGUGUCUUUUGCACUUGAGGUUGAUGGUCAGCCAUUGACAAUACAAAAAUGUCUUCAUCAAACGGUACUGCUCCGUCGCCGGAUUCCCCACCACCUCCCGAUUCCUCUGACUCGUCCUCCCCCGGCCCCGGCAGAAUCCUCACCCCCGACCCCGCCAGCAUCCUCACCCCCGGAAUCUUCACCCUCCCCUCCACCGCCCUCCGAUUCGUCCUCGCCGCCCCCUGCCUCAUCCUCUCCGCCUCCUCCUUCCUCGUCCUCAUCGCCACCUCCUUCCUCAUCCUCACCGCCACCUCCCUCUGAUGAAUCGCCUCCGGAGAAUUCUCCUCCAUCGCCGCCUCCGAGCAAUAGCUCCAGCAGUGGCUCACCGGCGCCCCCUCCCCCACCGCAUUCUCCACCACCACCGCCGAGUACAAAGGCGUUGUCACCUCCACCUCCGCCGGCACACCGGACACCUCCGUCAUCGUCAUCUUCUUCUUCUUCAUCAUCUUCGUCGUCGAUCAACUGGGGAAUGAUAGGUGGAGUCUCGGCUGCAGUAGCGUUGGUUCUCAUUGCUUUUAUUGCUCUCUGCAUCGUGUGUUGCCUGAGGAGGAAGAAGAAGAAGCGUGACAACGAGAUGCAUUAUUACAUGGAUCAUUCUCAUGCUAGUCAUGACUACUACCACAGCUCACAACAGCCGCACUGGCACAAUGGGACCCCCGCAUCCGACCACGUUGUCAAGCUCAACCCAGAGUCUGGCGCCAUGGGGUCCCCUGGUGGAGGCGGCUGGCUGCCGCCUCCGCCCCCUCCGCCGAUGAUGAGCAGUGGCGACAUGAGCUCAAGCUACUCGGGCCCGCGCCACCAUCCACCACUGCCCCCUCCGUCGCCAGGCCUUUCCCUCGGCUUCAACAGCAGCACCUUCACAUAUGAUGAGCUGGCCGUCGCAACUGGUGGGUUUGCGCAGGCCAACAUGCUGGGUCAGGGCGGGUUCGGCUAUGUGCACAAAGGGGUGUUGCCAAACGGGAAGGAGGUCGCUGUGAAGAGCCUCAAAUCAGGGAGCGGUCAAGGAGAGAGAGAGUUUCAAGCUGAAGUGGAGAUCAUUAGUAGGGUUCAUCAUCGCCAUCUCGUGUCACUUGUUGGGUAUUGCAUUGCCGGUGGACAGAGAAUGCUGGUCUACGAGUUUGUUUCAAACAAGACCUUGGAGUACCAUCUUUAUUGUGAUGAUCCGGUGAUGGACUGGGUAACUAGGCUUCGAAUCGCACUAGGAUCUGCUAAAGGACUUGCUUACCUUCACGAAGACUGCCAUCCUCGCAUUAUUCACCGCGACAUUAAAGCCGCUAAUAUCCUCCUGGACGACAACUUUGAAGCUAUGGUGGCUGAUUUCGGAUUAGCAAAAUUGUCUUCCGACAAUUACACUCACGUCUCUACGCGUGUCAUGGGAACAUUCGGGUAUCUGGCACCAGAAUAUGCAUCCAGUGGCAAGCUGACCGAUAAGUCCGAUGUUUUCUCUUUCGGGGUUAUGCUCUUGGAAAUAAUUACGGGACGUAAACCCGUGGAUGUUCAUAAUGUGAUGGAGGAUAGCUUAGUGGACUGGGCUCGACCAGUUCUAACGCAAGCGAUAGACGAUGGGAACUACAAUGAACUGGUGGACCCAAGGCUGGAGAACAAUUUCAACCCCCAUGAGAUGGCUCGCAUGGUCGCUUGCGCUAGUGCUAGCAUUCGUCAUUCUGCAAAAAAGCGCCCAAAAAUGAGUCAGAUCGUGAGAGCGCUCGACGGCGAUGCGUCCUUGGACGACCUGAACGAGGGAGUGAGGCCUGGCCACAGCUCGGUGUUCGGCACAAAUAGCAGCUCCGACUAUGAUGCAGGCUCAUACAAUGCCGACAUGAAGAGGUUCAGGAAGGUCGCUUUGUCUAGCCAGGACUACGGUAGCAGCGACUUCGGGGCUUCAAGUGGCGAAUCUAGGGAGAUGGGUCGCUCUCCAAACAAAGUCUAAAAAAGCAUCGAAAAUUUUCGAAAAACUUAACGCCGAAAAAUAAGAAUGGAAAAUGCAGUGAAACGGCGGAAAAAGAAGGAGCAAUUUUAAUAUCGAUUUCAAUUUGUUAUUGUGCACUAAUUGUGAGGUUAAGUCAAACAUUCUCAUGAUCUUCCCCAUGUUAGAAUUUCUCUUAUUCUUUCUGGGUGUAACACUCGUUUUAUAACACAAAUA